UUGUUUCAUUUAGUCGCCUAUGUUGCUCUAACUCCUCGUACAAGUCUGACACAAUAACGGCAUUUCAGACAGAUAAUGGUAGACUACUUGAUUUGUGUAGCCUGAUCGAUUUACCAAAAAAAGGCAUUUAUUGGCACGCGCUCUCCUUUAGUGACUUACCAUAGCACAUAUGCGAUUUACAAUUUUCUCAUUGGUUGCAGGCCUGUUAUAGUCGUAUUAUGUAUACGGUUAACUGUUGAAUAGUCACUCGAAUAAUAAAGGCGAGGCUACUGCAUUUCGAUAUAAUCUUAAAGGUGGCCGUCUCAUUAUGUAAUGAUCAUGUGCCUUGCGUGUUAAAUAUUUAUUUAAAUCCAGGUAUCGGCCCCUUGGACAUUGGAGGGCAGUCAUCUCUGCAUGGGACCGACUGAGGGCGUGGAAGGUUUCAGACAGGCGUGCCAGCGCACUGCUAACUGGAAGUUUUAACUCUGACAGACGAACAGUAUCGGAGACACUGAAUGUUGACGUGCUGUUGUGUACACACACUGGGAUGAUGGGAUUCACUGAAACCCAUUACCCCCUAUCCAUAUGGAUUUGUAAGCAGAGUCAUCCAUCCGAUGCCCGUGGAAACCGUAAAUCAGGUAAACUGGACCAGACUGAUUGUAGCUGUGUGCUGAGAGGGGUGGACCUUAAUCCAAGUACAAAAACAGGACAUCAGACCUCUGUGUUUACUUCCAGGUCCUACAGCAUCUAAAUCCAGAGUAGAUCAGAUGGAUCAGAUGCCAGCUCUUUCUCCUCCUCCCCCUCCUCCUCCUCCUCCUCCUCCACCACCUCUACCACUUCCCUCGGCAUCUUCCAUCGAUUCGCCAAGAUGUCCCAAACUACGGAAGCUAAACUGGGACCAGAUCCCGAGGGAACGAGUGAUGGGGCGUCGGAGUGUGUGGACCGGCUCGGACGAGUUCCGCAUCGACAUGUCGUCCCUGGACGAACUCUUUGGGCAGAAGACGAGCCAUCCAGUGUGGAAGGGCAACAGGAACAAGAUGGGAAGUCCCCAGGCUCUUACGACCUCCGAGAGCAUACCAGAACGGGUAUCAAUCCUGGAUGGAAAGCGCAGUUUGAACAUCGGGAUAUUUCUGCGACAUUUCAAAAGCACCGUCCAGGAGAUCAUAGAGGAUGUGGGACAGGGCCGGAGCAAGCGCUAUGGGAGUGAGAGGCUGAAUGAGCUCUGCAAACUGCUGCCCGACACAGAGGAGGAGAAACGGUUCAGGACAUUUCAAGGACAUCACAGCCAACUGGAACAGCCAGACCUGUUCUUGCUACUUCUGAUUGGGGUUUCCAGCUACCGCUUGCGUCUUGAGGCUAUGAUUCUGAAGGAGGACUUUGACCCUGCCAUGAGCUCUGUCUGCAACUCAGCCCAGUGUUUGGUGAAGGCAGCAAAAGAGCUGAUGAACUGUGCUGAGUUGCACUCUAUUCUACGACUCGUCCUUAAAGCUGGAAAUUACAUCAAUGCAGGAGGUUACGCUGGCAAUGCUGCUGGGUUCCAUAUCGUCUCUCUUCUCAAGUUGGCUGAGACCAAAACCAACAAACCAGGAAUGAACCUGCUACACUUCGUAGCUAUGGAAGCCACAAAGAAAGAUCCAGGCCUACUGUCAUUUCAGCACAAGAUCAGCCAUGUGGAACCAGCUGCAAGACUAUCCCAGGAUGUGGUGACGGAUGAUCUCUCCCAGUUACGGAAGCGGGUUGUUGCUCUUCGAGGUGCCACUCAGAUCGAGGCUGAUCUGCAGAAGCAGAAUAAACUUUUUCUGCAGGGUGCGGAGGAGAAGCUGAAGGAGGCUGCGGAGGAAGUGAAGGCUAUGCUCAGCGCUCGGCAAGCCCUGCUCGACUUCUUCUGUGAGGACGAGGUGACCUUUAAGCUGGAGGAGGCCUGCAGCACCUUUCAUUCCUUCCAACUGCGUUUUCACAGAGCUGUGCAGGAGAAUAAGAUGCGCGAGCAGCAAGAGGAGAGGCGUGCGGAGCGGGAGCGAGCAGAGAAGGCGAGAGCGAAGGUCCGCGCCGGGAAACGGCGCUCCAUCGCCUCCUGCACCGCCCUGGAGGCCGAGUGGGGCGCAGACGCCAACGAGCUGGCCGCUACCCUGGAGACGACUCUGUUGAAGGACCUGUGCCACCCCUCACACCACCGCCGCACGCGGGCCCGGCCCGGAGCCGCCUCCCGGCCACGGCCCGCCCUGCGCAGCCUCGCCGAACAGGACUCGGACGAGGCAGAGGCGGACCAACAGCGGAAGCACAAGGCGCUGACCACGCUACUCCUGUCCGGCACAGAUGACCAUCAGAGAACCACCUCAUCAGGGGAGGCAGAGACUGCGCCAGCCGCGCCCCAAAUCAGACAGCCUCCAUUGGGCGCUCCCCGGCCGAGGCUUCAGGCCAUGGCGCGUGCACGUCCUAAGGUCGGGGAGACUCACACUCUGGUGAGAGGCCUGUACUCCUACAGGAGCCUGACCCUGCCCCCGCCCAGAACACCACCUCUCAGCAGGUGCCCACAGUGGAGGGAGGAGAAGAAGGCGGAGGAGGUGGUGCCGCAGGUGGCACAGGUGGUACAGGUGCCACAGCCAGAACAGCCACCUGGGGCUGCGGUCACAGCGGCUGCCAGCCGAGUCCAGAGAGGAAACCUGCCCAGGAGGUGGGGAAUCACCCAUGCGAAUAAGAACGCCAGCCAGGCGAGCAAGCAGCCCAGUCGCCUGUGUGCCGCCCAGAAGACUGAGCCGGAGGACGGCGGCGGUCGAGGCAAGGCCAACCCACUGCGCCGUCUGCUGGAGAAGGCCAAGCCAGACCGAGAGAGGAGCAAGGAGAAAGAGAGGGAGAAGUGCAAAGACAAAGAGAGAGAGAUCGAGAAGAAGGACAAGCAGGGGCCGAAGAAAGAGAAGGAUCAAGAGAGAGAGAAGAAGAAGAGCAAGGAGAAGGAAAAGAAAGAGAGCAAGAAAGACAAGGACAAAGACAAGAAGGACAAAGCUAAGUGUACGACAGAAGUCAAGACCUUGAGCCCCAGUGACGACUUGGAAGCUUUGGGAGGCCCCUCCACAGCCAUGUCCAGACUCCCGGCGACUCCGAUGACCGUAGCACACGGGAACUGUAUCCCUCGCAUGUUCCACAGCUCUAUGUUUACCACAGCGCGGGCGCUGCGCUCUGCGGUCAUCACGGCCGCCAGCGCAGCCAAGCGGGACAGAAGUGGCAGCUCGGCCCCCACCAAGGGCUUGGCAUCCCGCUUACCCACACCUGUGCCUGCCCGGGACAUCUCACAGGCCCGGAAGAUGUGAAACUGAGGGAGCCUGUGCUUCAGCACAUUCUCUUCUCUACUUUCUAACUAACUGGAACAGCACGUCGCAUCAUGUGCUGUGCUGAGAAUACUUUGUUUACGUAAAUGUCAGGAGCAACACGUCUUUACACACCCAAAGCUGACCUCAGACCAUACUGUUGAAGGAGAAAACAUUCACAGAUUUAGAACCCUGUCAGAUUCAAACAUGCAUUGAGAACUUCAAGACGUUCUUCAUUUUUAUUGGAGGGCUUGGUGAACAACACUACCUCCUGAUUUAAAGUAGUUGAUAUGGCCUUGUUUUUUGUAUGUGUGUGUAUGGUGGUGUUCACAAAAAUUGUGAUAAAAAAAAAAAAAUCGCAGGGACCUACAAGAGUGUUAUUAAUGUUAAUUUGAGUGGUUAUUAAAACAAGAGGUCAACAUUUCAAAUAAAGAUGUUGGAUUUCAUGUUGAAAAAUAUCUGCAAUAUGUGUGUGGUGACCAUCUUACUGUAAUCGGUAUUAUAAAUGAGAUUGGAAAACAUGUAUUGUCAGCAUAUACUUGAGUGAGAGAAAGCAAUGUGAAGUAGACAACACAAUGGACGUGUUCCCAGUCUUGCCUUUGAAGUGAGAAAUGUUGAGUUGUGUUUUAUGGAGCAGCCACAAAAGAUCAGAAACUAUAACCGUUGUUCAGGAAGCCUGGGGAAGUAUAGGAGAUGGCGGAAGAGAUUGGGAGGAGAGUUUAACGCCUAUCAAACUGGGUGGAGAGCAGGAAAAACCCAGGAAAGGAAUAAGGAGGAUAAGGAAGGUAGCUGAGAAGUUGUUGUUGGAAAUGUUGCUUUGUGGUGUGCAGAAGAAUUUGGCAAAUGAAGAUGGCUGAGGAGAAUGUCUUCAAGAAGUGCACAGAAAAGUUAUUGCUACAUUUAUUUUGACAUAUUUGACACAGAUAUGGUUAUUAAAAAUAAAGAAUGUUACUAUUGGC